UGGAAGGACUCCUUUGCCAUUUCUCUUUCCAGAAGCCUCUCGGUGGGAGCCGUCCCCAGUCUAACCCCCCGCACUGGUGUUUUGGGCAUCGCUGGCAAAUAGUACUUGUCAGGGCAAACACUGAGAAGUCUUAAGUGUUUUUUUUGGGCUUGUGACUCUAACAUGAAUCGUCUCCAGCUCAGCUGAAGCCAGAUAAGAGACAGCACCAAACAAAUGACUGGAGAUACCCCCAGCAUUAAUAUUGUAUGGAUAUCUCAAGAAGACGCUUUACUCUGUGAAUGUGGAUAAGAAAUCCAUGCAAGAAAUAGGCCAUCGAGUUUAGUAGAAGUGAGCCUUUCACUGUUUCAUCAUGAAUCCAGAGAGUUUUGGCAGGGGAAGAAUAGAGGCAAAAAGAGGUGGUGACAUCCACAUAGAGAAGACAUUGCAGAGCUGGGAUUUCCCAAAUCCUGAUUCGGGACCCCAACCCUUAUGAUCCACUGCAGCUUCACCAGUCAGCUCCAAACCUAGAUUUAAUUAGAUGCCAUGGAAACAGGAACUGCAAAAACCUUGGAUAAGCAGGGAGUGAAUUCACACACUUCUGUAAAAGAGAAUUUGAGGUGGUAGGAGGUGCUGCUCUCUGUUGAUUGUGCUCCUGAUCCACGUUGGGCUUCUACAACCACUGAGUGAAGAUGAGAAGCCUGUCAUGAGCAUGACGUCGCUGACAAGUAUCAUUGCCUCCCACCAGUCUGAGUGGGUAUCCUUCAGUGAUGAGCUCCUCCUUCCUGCAGCUUCACAGGGUAGCAAUGAAGAGCCUCCGGAAAGACAUUUUUCUUCUUCAGACACCUCCUCAGAAGAUAACCGUAAUGUGGAUGGAGAAUUUCAGGACCUCCUGCAGAGUGAGCUGAGUGAUGUAUUGGAGAAACCCCAGGUGGAGGACUCUGCAUCAGCAUCUCUACUUGAGAACCAUGAAUCUCCCAAAUCAGAGCUGCCUUCAUCUAUCAGUUCCUGGGUUCAGUUUGAAGAUACACCAUGGACCAACACUUUACCAGUUCACACACACAUGGCUCCUCCAUCGAAAGCACCCAGCUGGACAACUCCCUCCUCAGAUUCUUCUGAGAGACGACCUCUUGCUUCUGAGAGCAGCUGGACAGCCAACUCGGAGGAUACCAGCAGCCCAAGCAUUGCACCGUCCUACACAGAUCUGCAGUCGGUAAAUACAGAGGAGGUGACCAGCGGUAGGACUUCUGCAGCAGACUCAGCUGAGAGGAGACGGGAGAAGCAUUCAUGCAAGGCUUCCUUCUUCCAAAAACCAGAUAAUUCCUCAUCUCUUCAAGAAGAUGAAGAGCUAGAUAUGGAGGCUGUCAACUGGCAGCUGAACAGCACUCCUGUGAAUGGGCAUUCUGUGACCCCAACCAAAGCUCGUUUCCCCAGCUGGGUGACUUUUGAUGACAAUGAAGUCAGCUGUGCUUCACCACCGAGCCUUUCUCCCUUGAAACCGGAUUCCCCACCAGCAGUAACACAGGCUCCAGAUGUGAACUUUAACGUCACUGCAUCCUUUAAGAAGAGAGAGAGGCCUAAAAGCACGUUGGCAGACCUCUCUAAAAUUCAAAAGCUAGAUCUUUCUUCCAUAAGCAGGCUGCCUUCUGUUGGUGGAACACCACCCUGGAGUGCUACUAACCCCUUCCUGGAUGAAUCUCUGCGGGAUGUCCAACCGUCACCUAUCAACCCAUUCAGCUCAUUUUUUGAGGAACGAGACAGGCGUUCCCACAGCUCCUCUCUCCCUGCUGUUCUUGGCAAAGGCCAAAGAGACUCCCUUAUUAUCCUUCACCAAGAACCUGACACCAUCAGCUUCAAUGAGUUGAGCAAAAGCAUAACCCACACAGAAGCUGUUGAGCAGCUAAAGCAGCUCCAAAUUGGGGAUCCAGAUCACCUGAGCAGCCCCACUCUACCUGAUGAUGACCCCAUGAUGCCAAGUGAACUGGAUGACAUCACUUUGAACUUAGCUCCAUCUCAGCCCAAAGAUGGCUGGCCAAUGAUGCUUAGGAUACCAGAGAAAAAGAACAUCAUGUCAUCUCGACAUUGGGGGCCAAUCUUUGUCAAGCUGACUGAGAGUGGUUACCUACAACUUUUUUAUGAGAAGGGACUGGAGAAGCCAUUUCGGGAAUUCAAACUUGAGAUCAAUCAUGAACUUUCAGAGCGCAAGCUCCAGAACUAUGAUGAGAAUGGAAGGAUACACAGUGUGCGGAUAGACCGUACCACCUACAAGGAAAAAAAGAAGUAUCAGCCUAAGCCAUCCAUCACCCAUGUGGCAGAAAGGGAGCAAGUGAUAAAGUUAGGUACUACUAAUUAUGUAGAUUUCCUUAGCUUUAUUUCAGCUGUUCAGGACACAUUGAUGAACCUGCCAGCCUCAUCGACGGAUCUGAGCAUGGUGGGAUUGAACUACCAAGAGGAAGAAAUCACUGUUGAUGUCAAGGAUGAGUUUCAAGGCAUCUUGGCCAAAGGAGACAAUAGGAUUCUCCAGCAGAGUGUGCUAACACAUAUAUAUGUCCUCAGCUUUCUUUCUGGCUUGGCAGAAUGCAGGCUGGGCCUUAAUGACAUCUUUAUUAAAGGGAAUGAAAUAGUUGCACGGCAGGAUAUCAUGCCCACCACUACCAGUAAGUGGAUUAAAUUGUACAACUGCCAGUUCCAUUCAUCUGUGGAUGAGGAAAUGUUUAACAGUUCCCGUGCUAUUCUGUUUAAUCCUUUGGAUGCUUGCCGCUUUGAGUUAAUGCGGUUCAGGACAGUAUUCGCUGAGAAGACUUUGCCUUUCACUCUGAGAACGGCAACUAGCAUCAAUGGUGCCGAAGUAGAGGUCCAGAGCUGGCUGAUGAUGUCCACUGGGUUUUCUUCCAACCGUGACCCUCUAACUCAGGUUCCCUGUGAAAAUGUGAUGAUCCGCUACCCAGUGCCAAAUGAGUGGGUAAAAAAUUUCCGCAGAGAAAGUGUCCUGGGGGAGAAAUCUUUGAAAGCCAAGGUGAACAAGGGUGCCAGUUUUGGAUCAACCAGUGUGUCUGGUUCUGAGCCAGUAAUGAGAGUAACUUUGGGAACUGCCAAAUAUGAGCAUGCAUUUAAUUCCAUUGUAUGGAGGAUAAACCGACUGCCUGACAAAAACUCAGCUUCUGGCCAUCCCCACAGCUUUUUCUGCCAUCUAGAGCUUGGUUCUGACCGGGAAGUGCCUUCCAGUUUUGUCCGCUAUGUGGACGUGGAGUUUGACAUGCCCACCACUUCAGCAUCCAAAGCUGCCAUUCGGUCCAUCUCUGUAGAAGACAAGACUGACGUGAGGAAAUGGGUGAACUAUUCAGCACACUACAGUUAUAAGGUGGAAAUUGAACAAAAAAAAAGCUUGGAUACAAAUCUAAAGGGAGAAGAAACUGAAAACUCCAGUGAAUGUGCCAUUCAGUGAAGGGAAGACUCACCUGUGACAUUCAUGAGAGGAGUAGUAGUAUCAACCCAGCUGAAGAGAACUACAGCACCUUGUUCCUGCUGCAAGUACAAGGCAGUACUUUUAAAAUAGUUCUCUUCUGCGUGACAUUAUUUUGAGUUUUCUGCUCACUACAAGUCGUAUUCUGAGAGGAAACUCCUUGAUGGUUUGUUUAGAACAGCCAAGGGUCUUCAGUGGAAUAUUUUACAUACCUUUGGUGUAUGGAUAAAAAAGAUUUACAAUACAUUCAAGCCUGCCGCCUUCUCUGCCUUGUCACCAUUUAGCUUUCUGCACUGAAGUAUGGUGUGCUAACAACCACAGCCAAGAUAGAAAGCAACUGUGUCCUCGCUUACAAGUCUUUUCCUCCAAGUUGAAUGUUUUCUUGUAAGCUGUUGGUCUGGUUAUCAGUAAAGCUCUCUCUUUUUAUCUGCAGAAUACACAUGAGGAGCAACAAAGAGAAAGAGAUACGGUCAUUAUUUUUUAAAGUAAUCAACAGAGGGAAGUUAGAGAACCCUGAACUUCAGUCUAGAGAAUCAACAGUCCCUCCAUCUAAAACAAAGGGAACGCCAAGCACAUGAACAACUGGUUAUCAUCUUUACACUCACCUUAACCAAUCCACUAACCAGAACAUUAAGGUGGAUUUUCCUAUGGUCCUAACUAGUCAUAAGAAAGACCCCUCUGCUCUCUACGGUUUUCACUUGCUGGUCAGGGUACUUUCUUUAUCUUGACUUAAUGUGAUUAUAGCUGCUAUUACCAGAGGUUGUGCAGAGCAACAGGGAUGAUAUAGAAGGGGCAUUACUACAAGUAGAUCAUUCCUGCCUGGAAAGAUAUUUGAGGGAAAUAGAUUUUAUUUUGAUAUUUUCUUUGAUGUUUAAGGGGACUAGUUGCUUUUUCAUGCCCAGAACGAAUCUUGCUUUAACAUGAAGGAUUUUGUGUUCCUGAUACUCUUUGGAAAGCAUAAUGAAGAGUAAAUGUUGCAUUUUCCUGUUCUUGAGGUACACUUUUGCUUUCAUGUUCCAUCUGAAGUCUACAACACAACAAAUCCAUAAGCUACAGACAAAAGAUGCCGUUAACUUUAUAAAUUACACAAACAGGUCCUAAAACUUUAGUUCUUCAACUUUAAAAACACAUUCCUCUGCCACACUGAACUAAAGAUCAACUUUUUACUGAAAGUAGUGGCAAGCUCCUCUUGUCUCCCUACACCAGGCUGUAAAAAACAAAAUCACUCACUCAGACACAUCUAUCAUUGAGUCAUAAGAUGUUCAUAAUACCUAAUUUUCACAACCGUGGGCAUGAUUUAUUUGGUCUCUUUUUCAAAAAUUAAAUAACUAAAUAAUAACCAUAACUUAUUCAACCAUUUAGCUUUUUUAAAAGGACCCUGUUAACUUGCAAAUCAGACAUUACAAAUACUUAUCAGUGUGACUGACACACUAUUUUAAUUAAAUUUAGAGACUUUUAAACUUUUAAAUUUAUUUUCUGGUAUUUGCAUUUCACUCAAGACUGUAUUAAGAAUUAACUUUCGCUUUUGAUCCCUGGUUAUUUUUAUUCUGAGUCUCGUGAACAGUGUAGCAAUGUUUAGGUUCCAAAUAAAACAUGGGAUUAUUUACAUUCAGACAAAAACUGUUUUUAUUAGAAUUUAAAAAAAAUGUGGGAGCCUUUCAGAUGCUCUUUUUAUAUACUUCUAAAUGUUAGGUCUAGAUUGUUUUGAUGCUAUCUGUUUUAAAUUCAAAAUUAAGGAAGAAAGGCGCUUUUUUUUUUCUUUUUAUGCAGCUCUAAAUGUAGCAUCUAUGGCAAAAAUACAUUGCUAAAAUGGACUAAGGGUCACAGUGCCAUGAAGACCUGUACCUGGGCUUGGCAUAGUCCAGGGGUUCCCAAACUGUGGUACACUUACCCCUGGGAGUAUGCAAGACAUUUCUGGGGGGUACACGGAAGAAAUUGUCUAAUGGGGGAUUUAAUUUUUAUUGUAAUAAUAAUUGGCAUUUAAGGGGCUAAAAUAUAAAACGUAGGCUGGUAGGCAUAUGUGGGCAGCUGGUAAAUCUGGAAGGGGGUACACAAUAAGAAAAAGUUUGGGAAACUCUGGAAUCUUCUAUUACAAGUGGUCCUACUGAAUCCAAAACAGCUCUCCUCCAUUUCAUUUGGUAUCAAGUAUUUUCACGGUCUGUCUAUAAUCAGGAACACUAAUACCUCCUGUAAAGCAGUUUGAGAUCUGUGGCUGAAAAGCAUUGCUGAAGUGCUAAAUCUGAUUAUUAUGUAUGAACUAGGGUUGCAUAAAGUUAGAGGCGAGUCUGAAACUUCCAAACAUCUUUUAUGUCCAAGAGGUGGUAGAUUUGAAUGCUGAGGCCAGAUGUGAAUGUCAUUAUUGACUCUAUGCUUCACAGCCAGAUGGCUCUUAGCUUGGAUUUUAUGGCUUAGGCCCCUCCCGUAAGCAACAUGAAAUUUGACUUCUCAAAGCUAACAUUUUUCUGUGCUUCAGAUAUACCCAGCUGGCUUUUCCCCCUUAUUUCCUGUAUUCUCUGCUGCCCCCAGAUCACUGGUUUCUGAGAAGGAGCAGAAGGAGAAGUAACAGUGCAGAAGUGAAUGUGCUCUCAGGGUAUUUCUGAAGAAGUGUCAGAGAGCUCUUGUGAAAGAGCCUGGUCUUACAAAAUUUCUAGCCCAGAUUUGCAGACCUCAGAGUUCUGCCUAGCUCAUACAGGUGAAAAGCAACCUGUUCAAAUUUGCUGAUGAUACCAAAAUUUGGGGUGAGGUGGGUACGUUAACAGGGAGGGAAAGACUGCAGAAAGACCUGGAUAGGUUGCAGGGGUAGGCUAAC